GGCGCCGUUGGGGCCGCUCCGGAGAGAUGAAGUAUGGAAUUGUUUUGGAGCAUUUACGGUGCAUUUUGGACUCAUGAAAGGAAGAUCUUCAAAUUAGAACUAGUAUCAAGAUGAAGUUCAACUGGGCCUAAUUGGUUUGAUCCAGCCUUGGCACCACUUGCAGCUCAUCUGAGGCUGUGCUGAACAGAAAACCAACUGAGACUUGGAGGAUUAAUUCACCAGGCUCUGGCUCCAGGCUUAAGGACUGUGGCAGGGGUAGGCCCAUCCCAUCCAGGGAGAAAUGUACAAACAGCUGGGAAUGACAAGAAGGAACAGCAUUCUGUGGCCGGAAUUUUUUGACACUGGAUAAUUAUUUAUAAAUGUGAUAAAGAUUGUCACAGCAAAAUGAAUCUUUUCUGUUUUUCACUGGAGGGCUCCAUGGACAGCUUAUAUGAACCUGUUAAAGAAAACCAAGAACCACAAGAAGCUAUUUGUAUGAUCAGCCGGGCUAACACUCCAGCAAAUGUCCCAAUGAAGUAUGGACCUCCUGAGAGAUCUCAGUCAUUGGAAUUUUCUGAUAUUGAAGGGACAUUAACAAAAAGAAAAAAGUCCAUCCAGAAGUCCAUGUCAGAGAAUGAAGCAUUUGAUAGAAAAAAUGUGAAUGGCACAAUCGGGCAGCUUCCCAAGAAGCAAGAAAAUGAUUUGUACUUCAGAAGGCACUGUCAGUCUGAAGAAAUGAAUGAAGAUUUUCUUAUUGGUGAACGAUUGCAUUUACUACAAGGAACAAGGAUAGAAGAAACUACAUGUCAGGUAAUGACACUGAAACAGUGGAUUCCACCUCAGAAUCAUGAUACAUCUAGUGAUAUAGUUGCAGAUGCAGAUGAAAACAAAGCUGAAAUGAUGGGAACCUUAAAACGGUUGCAAAAAUUAGUCCGAACCAAGAAAACUAGUGUGCACAGUUUGGAUGACAUCAAGCAUGUCUUGGCUCCUCUCAAUCCACCACCACAGCAUGUCUGCCUCUCUGAAGAUGAGGGUGAAGUCCUGACAUUCUGUAUGAAACUAACAAAACCACAGGAUAAGAAAGUUUUUAAGGAGAACAUGAGACAAAAGGAAGAAAGUGAAAGUAGAACAGACCUCACCUCUGCUUCCUUAGGCCGAUCUUUUACUUCAAGACUAAGCAACUUGGGCAGUGUUUCUAUCCGUUCAGAAACUGAAUUUCAGCUCUGGAGUGACUGGAAGCCCUUCCCCGACAAUCAGUUAUGUCCCUGCAAUUUUCUGAUCACCAGAAUAGAGGAGUGGGAAAAAUGCACUUGUUGUUCUCAUCAGCCCCGUCCUUCUUGUUCUCUUACCAAUGUGGAUCUCCCAUUGUCAUGGCGAGCAAACAGCUUUGGAAACAUUGACCAUAACAGACAUUCAUCAUCAUCAAAACCAGAUGAUUCAUCUGAGAUUUGUGAAAUAGAGACUGUAUGUGAUGGUGGAGAACAAGGACAAAAUAAAAUCACAAAUAAUGGAGGAACUCUUGGAAAGAAAAUGCGAGCAAUUUCCAUGACCAUGAAGAAAAAGAUGGGGAAAAAGUACAUCAAGGCAUUUUCAGAGGACAUGAAUGAGGAAGGAAAAGAAGAUUGCAGCUGUAACAGAGACAGUGACCCUGGAGGAGGAUCAAACACUGAGAAAGCUUCUUUAAAAACCAGUGAUUCCAUGGACAGUCUGUAUAGUCUUAAUAGUGGUCAGAGCUCAUCAAGUGGAGUAACAAGCUGCUCAGAUGGAACCAGCAACAGGGACAGCUUGAGGCUUGAUGACGAAGUCCCUUAUACAGGACCAUUCUGUGGCAGAGCCAAAGUGCACACAGACUUCACACCAAGUCCUUAUGAUACGGACUCUCUAAAAAUCAAGAAAGGAGACAUUAUUGACAUCAUCUGCAAAACUCCUAUGGGCAUGUGGACAGGACUGCUGAAUAACAAGGUGGGGAACUUCAAAUUCAUUUAUGUGGAUCUUAUUGCAGAAGAAGAAUCUACAUCCAGAAAGAUAAAGCCACACAAGAGAAGUAAAAGGGCCAAGCCUAAAUCUCUUCAGGAACUUUUGGAACGUAUCCAUCUCCAGGACUACAUAUCAACUCUGUUGCUAAAUGGCUAUGAGAAACUGGAAGAUUUAAAAGAUCUGAAAGAGAGCCAUUUGAUUGAGCUUAAUAUUGAAAACCCAGAAGACAGAAUGAGAUUGCUGUCUGCUAUUGAAAACCUACAGGACUAUGAAAAUGAACAAGAUCAAGACACUGAGCAAGUACCACAGACCUUAAGCCCUGACCUUGGCUUUAACAAGUCACAAUCAAGUGACUGUCCAAGAGACUCUGGCUGUUACACUUCAUCAGAAAAUUCAGAUAACAGCAAAGAUGACCCAGAUACAGAGAACCUCUCUGCCCUGGUGCAUGCAAUCACCAUCACUGAGUCAAACUAAAUGGGUUCACAUUUCUAGCAGAAUGAUUCACGUUGAGUUUGCCGACUUAGAAAACACUCUAAACGUAUCUGUUAGCAUGGAAAUGAAAUAAUGGAAAGACAUUUGGGAUGCAAUACACUAUUGGAUUUUUCAUCUAACAAGAUUUUCGACAAGAAAAUAUGUCUCUUGAACAGUCUUCUACUUUUUGUAACUUGGCUGAAGUCCCAAUAAUUGCAUUCUAAACAUAAUUUGUACAGCAGAUUUUCUUUUCUAUUUCAAGAGAAUAGCUAGGUAAUAAUCUGAAUUUCCAAGACUGUUCAUUUCCAAAAACAUUUCUUUAAAUAUUGUAAAUAGUAUAAAUAAUUGCUAUUUUACAAGGCAAAGAAAUUAUCUUGUACUUCAUAACCUAUGAUACAGCAAUGUUGCAAUUUAAAAUGCAGCCAGCCAAAUAUCUGAAUUCUGAAUAUGAUACUUUUAGGCCUGAUUUUACUGAAUAUAAUACAAAGUUAAACUUAGUAAUCAUUUUAAGGUAAAUUUCUCAUGUCAUAAAGUAAAUUAAUAUUUGUAUACAUAAAAGUUAAGAUGUUUUUUAAUUGGAAAGGAUAUUCUGAAUACUUUAUGCACUUGUUCCUUUUUAUAUAAAAGGUUUCCUUAUUCUUAUUAUUCUCUUUGUAUGCAUUGUGAAAAUACAAUUGCUAGAAUUAAGGGAUUUCUUUUUUUUCAUAAUUUGCUUGACAAAACUGUUCCUUUAUGGUUAGUAUAUAAAUAGACAAUAUUUAUUGCAAACAGUCAAUAAUCCUUAAAAAUGGCAUAGAACAUUUUGUCCAUCCUUCACUGAGUGUCAUUUGCUUGUAGUUUUACAAGGUUUUUUUUUAAAAAAAACUUCUUAAAAUGUUCCCUUUGAAAAUAAAUUAAUAUCUUGAAUUCAUUAGAUUUCAACUGUUGUUAUUUCCAAAUCUGUGUCCCAUAUUAAAUAUAUUCAGUGCAUAUUUUGGGUAUUAUUUUAUCUGCUAUUGUGUGUUAAGUGCCCUCAAGUCACUUCUGACUUAUAGCAACUGUAUGAAUUAAUGGCCUCCAAAACAUCCUAUCAUUAUCAGCCUUGCUCUGUUGUUAAUUGUAUAAAACUGAGCACAUCACAAUAUACACUAUUCACAAAAUAAAGAAUUGUACAUAUGAAUUAAUCCAUCUCACGUUAGAAGCCUACUAUUUUAACGAAAAACACAUGGAACUAUCUCUGAAAUCCAGAACUGAUUCAGCAGAUACAGAGUUUUCAGCUGGAAGCCUGUCACAAGACUAUCCCACCUUCCCAAAUUCCAGAAUCCAUUCUGCCCCAAUUCUACAGAUGCCAUUAAGUGCUGGCAGUUCUAAAGGAUGCUGUGAGGUAGGAUAGGCUGAGAGAGAGAGAAAAAAACUGGCCCGAGGUCAUCCAGCAAGGUUACACAGCAGAGUGGGAAGUCUAACCUAAGUCUCCCUGACCCUACUCUGAAACUUUAACUACUAUACCAUGCUGUAUAAAUACCAUAGAAGCGAUCAGCAGACUGAGACCAUCCUGUAUAAACAGUCAAAGCACUCAAGGCAUCACAACUAUUUUCUGGAGAGAAGUCUUAAUUGUUAUGGAAAUGGCAGAGAGAUUAUAUAAUAUUAAUCUGAAACAGAAAGGGUUACAUUUCAAGUGCUACAACAGCAACGGCUACAAUUCAGGGAUAUAAAUUUCUAGCUAAUAUUAUCUCCAGACCGUACGGUGCCUUAUAAUUUCAUAUGAAAGCUCAGAUAAUAUUCAUUUAUUUAAAAGCUACUCAACUGAAAAUCCUAUUUAUCAGAAACAAAUGUUUGUCCUAUCUAUACCAUCAACAAACUAUUCACAUGAGCUGCUUGCAAUAAACAACAGAAAGUUGCACAAUGAAUGUCAAUUAAUGCAAUUUGCUUUUCAAAUAAACUUGCUCUUUAUGUGCAGAGCGUAA